AUGUCCCCGCUUGAAUUGCAACUUGUCUUGACCGUCAUUGAAGGGAAGGAUCUGGUUCCCAAGGAUCGCGCAUUGAAGGUAGUUGGACCCAAGACGACGUCGGAUCCUUUUGUUUUGAUCUACUUGGACGGCAAGCAGGUCGGGAGAAGCCAAGUCCAAGCAAGAACUUUGGAGCCCAAGUGGAACGAAACCUUUACCUUGUUCACGAAUCGGUCUUUUCCGGACGCACGUGCUAUUACAGAGGAACCAACCCUUCUGUUGCGCGUCAUGGACAAGGAUAGCAUGACUGAUGACGACCCUAUGGGUACUGUGACCAUUCCAGUGAGCAUGAAGGGGCUUCCUUCCAGCAGCACCGGGGAACAGUGGUUGCCACUAGAACCAGGCGAUACUGCAAGCAGGUUCUACUGCAAAAAUGUCACAGGAAGUCUACGCGUCUCCCUCGCAACAUCCAUUGUGCCCAAACCCCAGUCGGGCUUAAAGCAUGUCACCUACACGUGUACGUGA